AUUUCCACAUAAAAAAAAAACAACACUUUAAAGAAAAACUCCGUCUCUUCGUUACUUUUGAAUCUAACAGAAGAAGCUAACAAAUCGAAAAACCAGAUAGAAAGAGAGAGAGAGACAAGUAGGGUCUUUGGUUUCCAAAUCAGCAAUGCACGUAAUUCUAGUGUCUUAACUCGCCGAUUUGAACUCCGAACUCUCCCGAGACAACUUGGAUUACUGUAAUUUGGCCAUGUACAGUGGGUCUAGCGAUGGCGAGAGCCACGAGGCAGCUCAGAGGAGAAUCCCGCCGGCUUCGUCAAUGCUUUGGGUCCGUAACCUCCGCCGGUUCAUCGGAUCCGGUGCCGGGCUCGGAUCUGAAGCUCUUAUGGAGCUUGAGACGAAGAGAAUAUUGCUAGAUAUUUUCAAAGAGAAGCAACAAAAGAGUGCUGAAGGUGGCACAAUACCAAGUUUCUACAAGAAGAAACCUGAAGAAGGAUCAAUAAGUCAUAGAGUCCAGAGGCUGGCAAAAUAUCGGUUUUUGAAGAAACAAUCAGAUCUUUUACUUAAUGCGGAUGAUCUCGAUGCAAUGUGGGUUUGCUUGAGAGAAAAUUGUGUGAUUGAUGAUGCCACUGGUGCAGAAAAGAUGAAUUAUGAAGAUUUUUGUCACAUAGCUUCGGUAUGUACAGAGCAAAUAGGCCCCAAAUGCCGGCGCUUUUUCAGCCCAUCUAAUUUCAUGAAGUUUGAAAAGGAUGAAUCUGGAAGAAUUGCUAUUUUACCAUUUUACCUUUAUGUGAUGCGCACUGUUUCUCUUACACAGGCCAGAAUCGAUAUGAGUGAGCUUGACGAGGAUUCUGAUGGAUUUCUUCAGCCUCAUGAAAUGGAGGCUUACAUACGAGGUCUUAUCCCUAAUUUAGCACAACUACAGGAUAUGCCUGCUGCAUUUAUUCAAAUGUAUUGUCGCAUAGCUGCUCACAAAUUCUUCUUCUUUUGUGAUCCUCAUAGGCGAGGGAAAGCCUGCAUAAAGAAGGUGCUUCUUAGCAACUGUCUCCAGGAAUUAAUGGAAUUGCACCAGGAAAGUGAGGAGGAAGUCACUGACAGUGAGCAAGCUGAAAAUUGGUUUUCUUUGACAUCCGCACAACGCAUAUGUGAUAUGUUCCUUGCCCUUGAUAAAGAUAUGAAUGGAACACUGAGCAAGCAAGAACUUGGAGAAUAUGCAGAUGGUACGCUGACAGGAAUCUUUAUUGAGAGAGUGUAUGAUGAGCAUGUCCGCCGUGGAAAAGGUGGUGGAGGGAAUACUCGGGAGAUGGACUUUGAAAGUUUUCUUGACUUUGUUUUGGCAUUAGAAAACAAAGACACUCCUGAAGGGUUGACAUAUUUAUUUCGUUGUCUUGAUCUUAGUGGACGGGGAUUUCUCAUCACUCCUGAUAUUCACUCACUUUUCAGAGAUGUACACCAGAAAUGGAUCGAGGGCGGUAACUAUGAAUUGUGCAUUGAGGAUGUGAGGGAUGAAAUAUGGGACAUGGUCAAGCCAGCUGACCCAUUGAGGAUUACACUCGCUGAUCUGCUAGCUUGCAAACAAGGAGGGACUGUAGCCAGCAUGCUUAUAGAUGUGCGUGGUUUUUGGGCACAUGAUAAUAGAGAAAAUCUUCUCCAGGAAGAGGAAGAACCAGAAGAAGAGUGACAGUGAUCUGCUGCUAUCUAGAAGCCAUUCAUGCACUAACACAAAUCCGUUUCUUUCCUUGGGAUUCAGAGGGAAUGUAUUGUUUGAUGUGUGCUUUUAUGAGCUAAUGUCAUGUAAAAAGCUGUAACAAUUGAUGCAUUCUGACAGUGACGAGCUGGCAGUAUAACAGACUGUUCCGAGAGGAAGUUUCUUUUUCCUUUUGGCCCCUACUAAGUAGAAAUACUAGGUUGACAAAAGUAGAGAUGCCCCUGUCAGAAAUAAAGAACUAUCAGAAAAGAAAGCUAGUGCUCUCCAAUUUCUUGAGUCAGAAUACAGAAAGAGCUGAUGCCUAUUCAUUGUUCAA